AUGUGGCGUGUAGAUGGAUUUCUUGAAGAAAAUGCACAUGAAUCUCUAUAUCCUAGUGCAGAGAAGUGUUUGGAUGAGCUUGUUUCAAAUAGUCUUGUCAUGGUCUACCAAACCACCCUAGAUCAUUCGGGGCGAUUAGGUGCUAAACAGAUAAAAACUUGUGGCCUUCAUUCUUCUCUAUGGCACUUGUCUAACCAAGAAGCUAUGAAGAUCAAAUUUUCGUAUGUCUUGAAAACUAUCAGUGAUGCUUUUGAAGAAGGAGUUGAAAGCCAAUGCAGGCUAUCCUUCCACAACAACAUUCUAUUUGGCAUCAUAGAAGUGUGUGAAUCAGUUGCGGAGAAGUGUGCAACAACUGCACAUUCCCUCCUGUGUUAUGGGCCUUAUCAGAAAUAUCAAGUGCCGAUAUGUUCUGGUUUGGGAUUGCUUCGGAAACUCGAUGCUCUUACAAUCCGUUUCUACGAGUUCCCAAUGGAGGUUCUGGAAUUAGUACAACUAAGAUACCUAGCUUUCACUUUGAACGGGGAGCUCCCUGCUUCAAUAUCCCAGCUCGCAAACCUUGAGUUCUUGAUUGUCUGUCAACAUUUGAGCAUCAAGUCGAGUGAAGGCCCGUUGCACCUGCCCAAGGAGAUAUGGGAUAUGAAGGAACUGAAGCAACUUCAGGUCAUCGGCAGUGACUUGCCAGAUCCUUGCGGUGCUUCCUUGGAAAGCUUGUUGACACUUUCAGGUGUAAGUGCUGAGAGUUGCAAUGCGGCCAUUUUAAAAUCAGUUCCUAAUCUGAAGAAAUUAGGAAUCCAGAUUAGUUUGGAAGAUGAUGAUAUUGGUAGCAGCUUAAGCGUUUGA